AUGAGAGGUCACAUGGUAACAAUGCUGAAUGCUACAGCCCGCAGCUGGCCUUCCUCCUCCCAGAAAUGCAGCUUUAUGGCUAAUCGCAGCAACCAAUUGCUGAACCUCUCAGGAGACCCAAAUACUACUACUGCCUGUUCCAUGGAUGAGAAACUACUUUCUAGCCUGUUAACAAUAUCCUACUCUGUUAUUUUCAUCGUGGGACUGGUUGGAAACAUAAUUGCCCUCUAUGUAUUUCUGGGUAUCCACCGCAAAAGAAAUUCCAUACAGAUUUACCUACUGAAUGUAGCCAUUGCAGAUCUCUUACUGAUCUUCUGCCUGCCUUUCCGAAUAAUGUAUCACAUUAACGGGAACCAGUGGACACUCGGUGUGAUCCUUUGCAAGGUCGUGGGAACACUAUUUUAUAUGAACAUGUACAUUAGCAUUAUUUUGCUUGGAUUUAUCAGUUUGGAUCGCUACAUAAAAAUUAAUCGGUCUAUACAACAACGGAGGGCAGUAACAACCAAACAAAGUGUUUACGUUUGCUGUACAGUAUGGACAGUUGCUCUUGCUGGAUUUUUAACUAUGAUUACUUUAACCCUUAAGAAAGGAGAUCAUAAUUCCACAGUGUGUUUCCAUUAUAGAGAGAAGCAUAAUGCCAAAGGAGAAGCAAUUUUUAACUACGUUCUUGUGGUAAUGUUCUGGCUAAUUUUCUUACUAAUAAUCCUUUCAUAUAUUAAGAUCGGCAAGAAUCUACUGAGGAUUUCCAAAAGGAGGUCAAAAUUUCCCAACUCUGGUAAAUAUGCCAAAACAGCCCGAAAUUCCUUUAUCGUACUUAUCAUUUUUACUGUAUGUUUUGUUCCCUAUCAUGCCUUCCGAUUUGUCUAUAUAUCUUCACAGCUAAAUAGGCCGUCUUGCUAUUGGAAGGAAAUCAUUCACAAAACCAAUGAGAUCAUGUUGGUUUUCUCAUCUUUCAAUAGCUGCUUAGAUCCAGUCAUGUAUUUCCUGAUGUCCAGUAACAUCCGCAAAAUAAUGUGCCAACUUCUUUCUAGACGAUUUCAAGGGGAAGCGAGCAGAAGUGAAAGCACUUCAGAAUUUAAACCAGGAUACUCCCUGCAUGAUACAUCUGCUGCAGCUAAAAUUCAGUCUACUUCUUAAAGCACUUGCGGUAAACACAUUUAAAAGGAUGAAAAAAUACAACCUCUAAAUUCCUUAAAGAACUAAAAAUUAUGAAACAAAGUUCUAGCAUUUGCAAAGCUCAGAUCUGCUCAAAGCUCUUUGCUUACUUGUGAUAUUUCAUUUACUUAGUUGUAAACGAUUUCAAGGGAAAGAAAAGCUUAUACUUAUCACUAGAUUUUAAAUCUGUAUGUAAAGUCUUUUCAAAAUAUGCUGUUAAGCGAACACUCUUAACAUAGAUUAUAAAGUUAACUGAAAUUUAUGGUUUUAACAACAGAAUAAUUAAAAUGUCAUGGUUUCUCAAGUCACUAACGUAGUUACUCAAAAUCAAGCACUUAAUACUAAUUUAAAGUGCAUUUAAAAGUAAGUUAAAUGAUUGGCGGACUGACAAAAAUGUCAGAAAAUGCAUGUUCUUUCUCAUUUAAAGAGCCUGUAUAAUUUGCUACUGUAUUCAUUUAUGCCUAAACCUUUAUAACAGAUGAAAUAAUAAAUUCUAAUUAUAAAAUGAAAUCACCCAUUAUCUAUCACUCUUUAGAUCAAAUAGAAAGAAUUUAAAUACUGUACAGUAAAAAUCAAACAACAGAUGAGCUAAGAAUUUGAUAGCCUAGCAAUAAGGACUUGAACCCACACCUUACUUAAAACAGAUUUAUAAGCGACUCAGCCAUCUUGGACCAUGCUUUGAUAGAGUAAAAUUGAAAAUAGGCACACCCUAUGAUCCACCAAGUCUGAUACUAGGUACAUAUC